AAAUUAUGGAUCCGCGCAUGACAUUCAUUCUUUACUUUAAUCAGGUAUUGGCUUCUCGUGAUGGAUCAUUAAGGCGAGAAAAUGAGCUGGUCUCCUUUUACAUCCGAAAGAUGGUUGUCCUGAAUACCAAGACUGGAGAAAUUAUUUUCAGACCCAGAUUUACAGAACCAGUUGAUCUGAACUGGACCACAUCAUAUGAUGUUGGCCAUGGAGACUACAUUGUCAAGAAAUCGGUUAGUGACGGGGUGAUAGAGAGAGGGGUAUACAGUCACGUGAUCACAGGAAGAAGCUCCAAAAUCACCGCAGUCAAGGGCGAUCUUGAAAAAUGUGACAGAAACAACAAUCAGCUUCAGAAACAGACUCUGGGACCGACUACAAACUGGUCUCCAAUCCAAACUGUUCCAACAGCUAUACAGGAGGGUAAAAGCAGUGAAAUAACAAGACAAGAAGAGGUGAAGGCUAAAGAGGCAAGACGAAGACAGAUUGAAGAUUUCUUUACUGAUCCCGUGGACCGGGAGAUGUUUCCAUUAAAUGCCACCGAAACCUCAACAACCCGUACCAUCAGACCUGCAGAGAUACCAACAGCUGAAGAGAGUAUUUCGACAAUGUUAGGAAAAUUCAGCGCAGCCCUGUGGGACAAAGACUUCAUGCGGGAGGUUUAUGAAUAUCGCCGUUUACCGAGACCACCAGCCCGAGGACUGCCACCACUAUCCUAUGAAUGGCUGACACUAAACACGUACUCUGGACUGAUGCAAUCCAUAGAACAACAGACUCCCGGGGACUCGCAGGUCAAUGCAAAUAUCCAACAAAGGCUUGACACUGAAAUUGAAAUAAUAGAUGAUCAAGGAAUCAAAGAAUCUGAUCCAAGUUCUAGCGAGGAGGAGCAGAACGAACAUCAAACAUCCCGGUUUGUGCGACUAUUUUGCUGUGGCGCCACCUCCCGUCCAAAAAAGAUAAAAGAAAAAAAUCAGAAGAAAAGCAAAGGGUUUCUAUUCCAAAUCAGAAGAAUGUUUGGGAGAAAAUAAAGAUUCUCUAAGAGGGAAAUCUACAGUGCUUUAAUAAACAGCGACUUAAAACGAAAUUGAAACCAGCCAACUUGAUUGGUUUCAGUACCCGCUAUCUGUCUACACAAAAUGCUACUAUGUAUCGUGAAAAGAUUGCCUGUUAAACAUGCAUCUAUCAUAAAGCUUUUCUAUUACUAUGAUGGUUAGGAAACUUUAACG